CCUGGGGGAGAAGACAUCUUUUACAGUAAUGCUGCACUCCUGCUUGGACUUUGAAACUGCUGGGGAAAUGGAGUAGCCUCAUUAUAUAUAUAAGGAAAGAUGGCCUGUCAGAGACAUGAUGGACCAAACAGGCAGAGGGAAGAGCUGAGCUGCAUGCUGGUUGGUGAUGGAGCUGUGGGGAAGACGAGCAUGAUUAUCAGUUACAUCUUCAAUGGAUACAACAACGAGUACAGACAAACAGCUUUCGAUGUUUUCACUGGUUUGGUUCGUGUGAAUGGCAUCCCAACUCGUAUCAAACUGAUAGAUACUGCUGGACAGGAGGAGUUUGGCCAUCUUCGCUCUCUGUGCUAUGCACAUGUGGACGUCUUCGUUCUCUGCUUCAGCUUGGUGAACCCUGUCUCCUUCGACAACAUCACCUCCAAAUGGAUCCCACAGAUCAGAGCGGGCAACCCAACAUCUCCCAUCCUUCUGGUUGGAACUCAGUCAGACCUUCUCCACAAUGUGGACAUCCUUAUUCAUCUGGACCAGCGGAGCGCCAAACCAGUGCACUUCAGCCGGGCCAGAGGGCUGGCACACAAGAUCAGAGCUCAUGGCUAUGUGGAGUGUUCUGCUCUUACACAACACAACCUCAAAGAUGUGUUUGACUCUGCUAUAUUUGCUGCCAUCAAGCACAAGCACUCAGGAAAAACGUCUAAAAAGCUCAGCCUGCUCAAACGUGUCAAGACUUUUUGUGAUUGUGGAUGGAGGAAAAUCUUCAGAUUCAUCUAAUACGGGGUCAAAUAAUGGAUGAAUGAAUUGUGAACUUUGCUCAGUGGAUCCUGUCUGUUUGGGGAGUCUUUGACGUAUUUUCUUUCAAAUAUUUCUCCACAGAAUGUGAAUUGUGCAAUGAACCAACAUAAUGUAUGAUCCUUGACAACCUGCAUUGAAAUGUGACAAUCUU